AUGGCUUCCCAUCAAAGGUCUGCAAGUCUGCCCUCCAGGCUUCACUCCACUGAAUCCAAUGUGGAAGAAGAGCUGCAGAGCCUGAAAGCUUGCUUCGCUGCGCCUUCCGCAACCAUUGGCACAAUGAGUGAUGGUCUGAGGAGGCUUGGAGAUGUCUACAGAAGCAUAGAGGAGAUCAUGUUAUUGCCCAGAAACCAAGCUGGCCUCUCCUUGCACCAACAGAAGCAGAUGGUGGAGGAAGAACUUGACAGGUCCCUAGUUCUGAUUGAUCUCUGCCAUGCCAUGCAAGAGAGCAUGGCAGAGCUGAAGAUGAGCAUCCAUGAGUUGCAGCUAGCCCUCAAGAGAGGAGAUGCUGUGGCUGCUCAAAACAAGAUCGAGUCUUUUGUUCGCCUCGCGAAGAAGGCACAAAAGCCAUUCAGGAAGACAAGCAUCAGGGCAACUUCUGAGGGUUGCAGGAUGGUCAGGCUACUAGAAGAAGCCAGAGAGAUGGCCAUCUCUCUGCUUGAAUCCACAUCACUUCUACUGCCAAAGCAAAUCGGCAACAACAAUUCAAGCAAAUGGUCUCUUGUCUCCAAGAGAUUUCAGAAAAGGAAGGUUGUUUGUGAGGAGGAGCAGUUGCAAGCACUGGAGCACAGCAUGGCAGAUGUUGAGAGUGGUGCUGAGUUUUUGUUCAGGAGAUUGAUCCAGAUCAGGGUUUCUCUACUGAACAUUCUUAGCUCAUAG